AGUAAGAUAAGUUCUUCGUAAAAUUUUGUUUACUCGUCGUGAUUUUAUCCUUGUUUUUCGUGUAAAAUAGUUUUCUCUAAAGGUUUUUUUCUCUUUUAGAUGAUGACAUUUCCAGAAAAUGUUGGCUACCCGAUCGGUCAAGAGUCCUAUUACAUGCUAGAAAUUCACUUCGAUAACCCCGAAGAAUUAACCGGUAUUCCCGCUCGGAGUGGAGUUGCUGUUUACUACACAAACGAAACAAGGGAGCAUGACGCCGGGUUACUAGCUGUCGGACAUAAGACGGGCGCCGUAAUCUCGAUUCCCCCCAAUGCUGAGGAUUACGUCGUUGUCGGUCAUUGUGGGCCUGCUUGCACGUCAUGGGGCAUUGAGGAGGCUGAAGGAGUCACAAUGUUUAAUAUUCUUCUGCAUUCUCACAUUUCCGGUCGGAAAUUAAAACUUCGUCACUUCCGCGGAAACCAGGAGCUCCCUUGGCUCGAUUACGAUGACCAUUACGAUUUCGAUUUUCAAACAAAUAAACCCGUCAAACCGACAAAACUCAUGCCCGGGGAUCAACUAACUUUUGGCAAGUUUACCCUUAAAAAUUUGGUUUUCGCAAAUUUCUAGAUAUCUAAAUAUAUACUUUUUAAUAUAUAGAAUGCACCUAUAACACGAAAUGGAACGAUGGGAAGGUCGUAAUUGGCGGACUAUCGACCAAAGAAGAAAUGUGUAUCACGUACAUUUGGCAUUACCCGAAACAAGACAUGGAACUAUGCGAGUCCACAUAUCCGGAAUUAUUGCACGCUAUUGAUUUCGGAGUCACUGAUUUUCAUACCGAGCCUACUUUGACCGGAAAUGUAAUUUACAUAGACGAACCGGCCUACAUGAGGGGCCCUUAUCCCGAAACUAUAAACAAUUUUAACAACUGGACGGACCAAUUUAUCGCCCAGUAUCAGCAUCAACAGAUUUUGGCGACAUGAAGGCGAAUGUGAGAAAUGCGUUAAGAACGAACAGCACGAUCAGUAUCCGAUUUAUCCCAGUCAGUACGAGAGAUUUGUUCCGGAGGAUUUUUGUUCUACUCAGACGACUACCCCGGGCGGGAGCGGAAACGGGAUGUUUCCUAGUUUCAAUUUUCUCCAGAUAUUAAUUGUAUGCUCGAUUUCGCUCAUUUUUCUUAAAUAAUCGCACAAUUUGUUUGUUUAAUUGGUAUAAAAUAAGAAUAAAAUUGGUAUUAUAAA